UCACUUAUAUAUAUGGCCAAACUUGGACAUCUCUCUUUCAUAGCUCUUCAAGAAAGUUUCUCAAAACAGGAGGGUGGUUCAGCAAUUGACAGCUUGAUGAUCAUGAAGCAGACUGCACUAGUGCUCUGCGUUGCCUUUGGGUUGCUCCUGCUAACUCUAGAAGCUGAAGGAGGAAGACUUACUUUGGAGGAAGUGCAAAAGGCCAAACAGCUCCUAAGCGGUGCAAGUCCCAAUAGCAAGGUUGGCGUUGGGGUCAAUGAUGUUAAAACUAUUGCUGGAGACAUGGACAAUAAAGUAGCCGAGAGUGAUAGCGAGAGUUCCGAUAGCAAGGGGGGCGCCACUCACCGUUUAUUUCCUGAUAUAGUUAAGCCAAAGGGAAGCCCAUAAAGAGGGGGACGAAGCUUUUUAUGUAAAUGAAUUAAGCUUAAUUAGUUUAUAAUUAUAAUGUGGAAAAAAACAUGAAAGUAGCCAAGAAGAAAAAGAAAGUAAUGGCGCAUGUUUGGUAUCACAGAGUUGCAUGGAGUACUAUAAGCUCUAUGUUAUGUGUAGUAUCGUUGUUAUGUUAUGGCUUUCGGCCUAGCUUGUCAACUAUGUACUGUGUUUUGUGUUAUGACUAUAUAUCAUACCAUCUUCAAUAAAAGCCAUGGCUACCAUGGAUAUGGUGUGUGCUUGUUAAUCUC